AUUUAAUAAUAAAUUUAUGGAACCUAGAUUUUAGAAAAGUCUAAAGAAGGAGUAACCAUAUUUUGGAAGAAAAUUAUUCCAGAUACAAAUGUCAAAUUACUUUUAUGUAAGGAAAGAGUUAUUGCCUUAAUAAUAUUUACAAGAAACAUUUUUUUUAGUUGUAUCUAAUGCAGCAUUACUAACUUGGUACUUUAGUAAAUCAAUUUCAAAAGUUAUUUGUAUUUUUCAUUAAUGAUAUAGUGGCUACUUGUUAUGCUUCAUUUACUGUAAUGGCAUAUGGUUAACAUAUUGAAUUCAAUAAAUCCUUAAAAUUUGAUUUACCACAAUCUAUAUUUACACGAUUAUUGUAUAGAGAAAAGUUUAAUGAAAAGUAAUUUGAUUAUCUAAACUAAAACUUUGUAAAAAGAUUUUAAUUAUCAGAAUGA